CGAUACAUAUUGGUCUCGCUGCUCGUUAUAUCCCGUGGUGUAAAAUUGUAGCUUCUAUCAUGCUCAUCUGAUAGGAGAUAGCAUUAUACGACGCCGCCAACACGAUGGGCACCACACUUUCUGUAGUCAAAACACUUAUAAUACCUGCCGUCAUCUCUCUAAUACUCUUCCUCCUAUCCAAUUAUCUCCUUGUUCCAUUAUGGCGGCAUUACCGAACUCGAUAUAGCCAAUACCUCCCUCUCGACACGAUAUCCAAUCAUACGUCGACUUUACGCGGUAGAAUUCAAGACGCAAUAGCUCGGUGGUUGGUACCAUCACGAUGGCGCUUCAAUUCACGCGACCGUGUCGUAAUUGGGGCCGAUGAUGCUUCUGACCUAGGUUUCAGCUCAGAGGAAGGCGAGGAAUUAGAUGACGUGGAUGACGACCGCCGGCACGCGCUAUCAUUAGACACGCAUAUCCCGGUACACACGGAUAGUAUCAGAAGAUUAAGCAGAGAGAGUGUAGUUUAGAAGAGGGUUUCCGAGAUGAUAGUGACGAAGACGACGAUAACACGCGUCGUGUUAGGCGGUAGUAUGUCUCCCGUCAUCAACUGAUGAUUGAACUUAAUGG